GCCGGCCUCAUUUAUUAUUCCCCCCUCCCGGAGCUGUGGCCUCCCGGUGUUGAAGAUCCCCCGGACGAGGGGCGAGGACUACCCCCUCCCUGCCGUGACACCCCCGAUCCCCCAGCGGGGCUGGAGGCCGUGCAGAAGGUGUGCUGUGGACCAUGAACUGAGUGCUGGUCCCCAUCUGUUCAUGAGCACAGUCUAAGGUGUGCCGAGACCGCCACCCAGCGAGCCCUCCCCCAGCACCGACCACCCCCGGAGAAGAUGGGGAGGAAAAAGAUUCAGAUCCAGCGAAUUACUGAUGAGCGGAACCGGCAGGUGACGUUCACCAAGCGGAAGUUCGGGCUGAUGAAGAAAGCCUACGAGCUGAGCGUGCUGUGCGACUGCGAGAUCGCGCUCAUCAUCUUCAACCACUCCAACAAGCUGUUCCAGUACGCCAGCACCGACAUGGACAAGGUGCUGCUCAAGUACACGGAGUACAACGAGCCGCACGAGAGCCGCACCAACGCCGACAUCAUCGAGGCGCUGCACAAGAAGCACAGGGAAUGUGAGAGCCCUGAGGUGGACGAGGUGUUUGCUCUGACCCCCCAGACGGAAGAGAAAUAUAAAAAGAUAGACGAGGAGUUUGAUAAAAUGAUGCAGAGUUAUAGACUGGCCUCAGCUGUUCCGGCCCCCAACUUUGCCAUGCCCGUGACGGUGCCUGUGUCCAAUCAGAGCUCACUGCAGUUCAGCAAUCCCAGCGGCUCCCUGGUCACCCCGUCCCUGGUGACAUCAUCCCUCACGGACCCGCGGCUCCUGUCCCCCCAGCAGCCGGCACUACAGAGGAACAGUGUGUCUCCUGGCCUGCCCCAGCGGCCGGCGAGUGCAGGGGCCAUGCUGGGGGGAGACCUGAGCAGCGCCAACGGAGCCUGCCCCAGCCCCGUCGGGAACGGCUACGUCAGUGCUCGGGCUUCCCCUGGCCUCCUCCCUGUGGCCAAUGGCAACAGCCUCAACAAGGUCAUCCCUGCCAAGUCUCCGCCCCCACCUACCCACAGCGCCCAGCUUGGAGCCCCCAGCCGCAAGCCCGACCUCCGGGUCAUCACUUCCCAGGGAGGAAAGGGGCUCAUGCAUCACUUGAACAAUGCCCAGCGCCUCGGGGUCUCCCAGUCUACCCACUCGCUCACCACCCCAGUGGUUUCCGUGGCAACACCAAGUUUACUCAGCCAGGGCCUCCCCUUCUCUUCCAUGCCCACUGCCUACAACACAGAUUACCAGCUGACCAGUGCAGAGCUCUCCUCCUUACCAGCCUUCAGUUCGCCUGGGGGGCUGUCGCUAGGCAACGUCACCGCCUGGCAGCAGCCCCACCUGGUCCCCGUCUCUCUCAGCAACCUCAUCCCGGGCAGCCCCCUGCCCCACGUGGGUGCCGCCCUCACGGUCACCACCCACCCCCACAUCAGCAUCAAGUCGGAACCGGUGUCCCCAAGCCGGGAGCGCAGCCCUGCGCCUCCCCCUCCAGCUGUGUUCCCAGCCGCCCGCCCCGAGCCUGGCGACGGUCUCAGCAGCCCGGCUGGGGGAUCCUAUGAGACGGGGGACCGGGAUGACGGACGGGGGGACUUCGGGCCCACACUGGGCCUGCUGCGCCCGGCCGCAGAGCCCGAGGCCGAGGGCUCUGCCGUGAAGAGGAUGCGGCUCGAUACCUGGACAUUAAAGUGACGAUUCCCACUCCCCUCUCAGCCUCCCUGAUGAAGAGUUGACAAUCUCUCCGCCCGUGCCUCCCUGUCCUGGGCUCCUCCCGCUCGACCCCACUUCCUUCCUUGUGCUCCGUGUCCUGUUGACUUUUACAUUUGUGUAUAAUUAUUAUAUUAUUAUUAUUAUUAUUAUAUUUUUUUUAAUUUGGAUUCUCGCUUUGGAGAGGGAGGAUGCUGUCAUCCCCUCUUUCUACACCCCCCACCAUUUUCUCUGGCUGGGGGCCUCUCUUUUUUUUGCGGGGAGGGGGGGACACUUUGCACGUUGUACACAUAUGCUGCAGGAGGGGGGUGGGGGCCGACGGGCCGUGGGAAAGGACAGGCGCCGAGCCCUGCAUGUGGAGCCUCCACCCCAUCCCCCAGAGAGGGAAAUAACCAAAAAGCUACCAAACAACACAAAACCCAGACAGCAGACUGAAGCCCUGGUCGACUUGGCGGGUGGGUUUGUGUUUCAAGGGGACAGUGAGGCAGAGGGUCUGAAAGGGCCUCUGCUCUGGGCUGUUCACGUGGUUGUAGGCACGUGGUGGGGCAGCGACCCCAAGCCUGGCCCUCCAUGCCCCUGUGCACACACAGCCACCCUCACCAACUCUUGGGGUCUGCACCCCAAGGCGUGUGGGUGCUGGCUAAGCUUGGAGCCGGGAAGGCUGCCCAGGACUGUGUGGCUGGGAGCAGGGGCGGGGGUCCUCUCUGGAAGCACAUUUGGAGAGAGAGACAAAGCCAGGAGGAGAGGGCUGAGGAGGGCAGGAGGCUGGCAGGGGGGGUGGGCCCCUCGCCUUCCUAGCUCGUCUCCAGGAUAAACAGUGCAAUAGCUCCCUGGCCCUUGGCGGACUCGCUCUGGAAAGCUGGCCGCCGUGCAGGGAGAGCUGGGGAGAGGAACUCAAGCAAGGUGGCUUCCCUGGCGUGCCUGAGGGCCAGAACCCUUGCAGUACGGGCAAGCGUGGGGAGGGACUUCCUCUGCCUUGCCAGCACAGUUACCCAGAGGGACACGGGGCUGGCCUGUGGGCGUGGGCAGGAGGGCCACCUUCCCCAGCCCUCUGCAGCCCCUGCCCUCCUUCCUGCUCCUCGCCCACCACCUCCCUGCUCUUGGCUCCCUCACUGUCUCGCUACCUCCUGUCCCAUCGCCUCCAGGCCGCAUCCUACCUUCCCUCUUGGCUACUGUAAUUGUAAAUAGCAACCUUUGGAAAACGUUAGCGGUGUAACAGUCCAGGAAACUGUUUUUUUUGUUGUUGUUGUUGUAUUGAUAUGAAAUGAGAUUCUAUUUUUGUCAAAGUAUAUUGUAAUAAUAAUGACUCAAACGGCCCGUACUGUA